AUGGGUCCAGACACGCCAGGAUCUCUAAUAAGAACAGAUCCAAAUAGUGGCGCACACAUCAUGAAGUUCUUAAUGGGAACCCCGCCCUUCGAUAUUUAUGCAAUGGCUGAUACUGGGAGCCAUCUACUAUGGACGCAAUGUGAACCGUGUAAGGCUUGCUACAAAUCAAAUUUUGGCAUUUUUGAUCCAAGCAAAUCCUCAACUUAUAGGAAGAUUAAUUGUCGUGCAAGAGAUUGUAGACUCGUCGGUCAUUUCAAACCACAAGACUAUGAACCAAACUAUUGUAGAGAAGAUGGUAAAAGACCAUGCCUUUAUAGCUACUCGUAUGCAGACACGGCAACAACGACUGGUGUAUUGUCUAAAGAAACAGUUACCCUGUCCACUACCAGUAGAGUUGUAACUCUACAAAAUAUUGUCUUUGGGUGUGGGUAUGCGAAUAAUGAAACUGUUAAUUCUGGAAAUGAAAUGGGAGUUAUAGGGCUUGGGCGUGGGCCCUUGUCAUUUGUUUCUCAGAUAGCUCCUUAUGUUGGAGGCAAAAAGUUCUCGCAUUGCCUCGUAGAUGAGGAUUCUGAUAAAAUAAGUAAGAUUUUUUUCGGGAAUGGGAGUGAAGUUUUGGGUGAAGGGGUGGUGUCAACACCUUUGGUCGAUACAACCCCAGAAGAGAUGAGUUAUUUUGUGACAGUAACAGGAAUUUCCUUCGGGAAUGAAUUUGUCUCUUAUAACUCAAUUGGAACAUUGCUCAAGAAAGGUAACGUGGUAAUCGAUUCUGGUACACCUGUGACACGUUUGCCACAAGAUUUUUUCGACCGGAUAGUAAUCCAAUUAAAAAAGAUGGUUAAAUUAGAGUCAUUCGUUAAAAGUUACGUGACAAGUAGUACAAGUAAUCUUUGCUUCAACACCACGACGCCUCCAAAAUUACCGACUGUUUCUGUACAUUUUGAAGGUGGUGGCAAGCUGCAAUUAGCAGAUAAACAAUUACUUUAUGGAGAAGAGGAAGAUGUAUUUUGCUUUGGAUUGGCAAAACACACAAUCGACGGCAAGGACUUUAGCAAUGUCGGUAUAUAUGGAGGUCAACUUCAGACUAAUAUGUUUAUUGGUUUUGAUCUGGACAAAAAUUUGAUUUCCUUCAAGCCAACUAAUUGCGAAAACCUCUAA